UGCAGAGGACUGCCAAACGUGCUCAUGUUCAGAUCCUGACAAGAGGCCUCCAUGGCGGGCAUCCUGGCAUGGGCAGCCGACGUGGUCGGCGGCGCCGGCGCCAGCGACGAUGAGGCCGACGGCGCGCGCGCCGCAGCCUCGGCCGCGAUGACCCCGGAGCAGCGGCUCCGCGCCGCCGACCUUGACGCGAGGGCGGCAUCGAUGCGGCGCGCGAUCCAGGAUCUGCGCCUCCGGGUGCCCCCGCCGCACGUCGCGCAGCGGCUGCCGCACCUCCACGCGCACUCACUCGCCUCCUCCGCGGCCCUCGCCCUCCAGCUCAACGCGCACUCCUCCACCAAGGAGCAGGCCCAGCAGAGAGAAAUAACUCUCCAAGAAGAAAAUGCAGCCUAUGAGAAAGCUCUAUCAGACUGUAGGCAGAAAAUUCAGGAAAGGCAGAUGGAGAUCAGUCAGCUUCAAAGUAAUUUGAAGGAAAUGGAAGUAGCGGAGCAUAAUUUAAAGGCACAGCUUGAAGAUGCUCUGAAGGAGCAAGAGGCUACUCAGCAUAAAGUAUCAACUACAGCUUCUGAAACAACUGAAAAUGCUCUACUGGAAGCUGAAUCAUCGCUCAAUCUUAAGUCUAAAGACUUGGAGGAGAAGAAAAGAGAGUUGGAACUAUUGAAUAACAAGGUGCAAACAAUAGAGAAAGAGUGGUCUGUGGUUGAAGAAGAAUCUUUAAAGAAUCCCACUCCUGAGCAAAGGGAGAAGGUCCUGGAGAGACAACUACACAGCCUAAUUGAGCAGUUGACGUCCAAGCAAGCUCAAGCAGAAAUCCUAAUCACGGAUGUACGUGCCAAAGAAAAGGAGCUGGAACGGCUGAACCAUUUGCAUAGAAAUCUUCACAGCAGUGCCAAUGAAACAAGCGCACCACGGAACCGAUUCAGCAGAGGUCUUUUGAGUGCCCCUGAAGAUUAUUAUGGUGCCAAAGCGGGUCGGAGACUGUAUCAACCUGACCUUAGAACAGAAGGCCAGAAACGGAUGAUGGUUCUUAGGUCCGCAAUUGUACUGUAUGUUUUGCUGCUUCAUAUCGUCGUUUUCAUAAAGAUAUCAGUUUGAAAGCUGUUACAUUUGGUAGGGAAGAAAAUACUUUUUAACUGUACCAAACAUGCAAAUAUUUGCCAUGUAAAUAAUAUGUGUAAUUUGUAGAAGAAUAAUGUUUCUGUAGAAAUUUAUUUAUGGGAAAGUCGGCUAUGUAGCAUCGAAAGG